UUUUGGCUUGAUGUUGCUAGUGACAACACUAAAAUUAAAGUGCAUUUUAUUUAAACGUUCCCGCAAUUAAAAGAGAAGAUACAUCAUUGAAAGAUGUGGUUUUAAAACAAAGAUUUUCGCGUUUUCUCGUCAACUUACGACUUGACUUUAAAAUAUAUUGACAAAGAAAACAAAAACCGGAUCGGAUUGUCAAGACCGGAAGUAUCAGAUCAUUAAUUGUGUAUUGGAUGUGUGUUGAGUCUUUAAAUUACAAUGGGAUUUUAAAUUAAAACUUAAACUAUUUUUUUCCGGUUGGGUAGUGAGUUAAAAAAACAACCAUGCCGACAUCAGUGUCACUUGCCCAAAUGGUGGAUUUGUCUUUAGGGACACCAGAAAUAGGGGCUGUCAAUUUCAAUGUGAUGCACACACUUCUUCAUGCAAUAAUACAAAAGUUAAAUAUUGCCGACAGUAAGACAGAGAUCAAUGAACAUGACCGUGAUUUCCUAGCAACUUCCAAGAUCCGAGCACGUUCAACACUUAGUGAUGCUGACAGUGGUAGGGGAGAGGAAUCCGAAGACGGUUCGGUUGUCAGUGAAAAGGCAGCCCCACCAUUCAGGCCAACCCCCUACCACCGACUUGAAAUAAAAGUAGAAAAGCUUACCCAACAAAUGGAAGAGCUCAAUAAGCUUCCAUCUAAUCUGGAGCUGUUCAACCGAGCCACGAAAUCGAAAGCAGAGUCUGGAACAGAGAGGCCCGUAGCAGAUAUGUGGCAGUACAUGCAGUUAAAGAAGAGAGUAGAUGCUAAUGAAGAAGGUGUAAGCAAGUUGUUUUCCCUUGUUGAGGACAUGAUGAAGCAAAUGAAGGACCUUCGAGACGCCAACCAACUGCUGCAAGACAAAAUUAAAGGGCUCAAUGUGGAUGAUUUGAAAAAGAGAUUAGCAGAGCUAGAAAAGAUCACGGGAGAGUUGAAUGAGAAGUUUGCUCUACUGCCCACACCUGAGGAACUGAACCAGUUUGUGACCUGGCCAGGGCUAGAGGAUGCGCUGAAAGGAAUUCGUGAUGACCUCGUUCAGCCCCAGCCAGAGCGUGUUGUCAUAGAGAUGUCUAGCCAGACAGAACCGGCAAAACAGCAGCUUAGAGUUUGGCCGUCCAGACCAGGUUCCUCUCGACCAAUGUCUCGGGUUAGCACUCCGGGUCCCUCGGAAGCUCUUCUAGACAUCCUGGAGAGGCUUGGAAAGCUUGACAAUGACCACAAGACGCUCAAAGAACGUGUGGACAUAAUUGAGGAGGAGCUCAAGAACAAACUGGACAAGUCUGCAUUGGAAGGUCUAGGGGUGCCAACUGAGCUUCUGGAGCAGAUUCGCAAACUGAAGGAGGAGUUAGAUGCCCUUGCUUCUUCCAGAGAUAGGUCUGAACCUAAGACUGGAGAGCCUGAUCAAAUGGCUAGAUCAAUGAAUUUCCUGGGAAAUGUGGUAAAUGUCCUGUCCAAGGCAAGACACCAUGCUAAACACCACCAUGCCGACACAACACCAGAAACCACAGACACUGAAACAUCUGAGUUGUCUGAUGAAGAAAUCUUCAGUAAUAUUGUGGCAGUGCCAGUGCCAAAUUUUGCAGUACUAGACAGUAGACUGAAGAUUCUAGAGGACAGGUUCAAGUUGUUCCAAGAGUCUAUACUGUCAGACAGUGCCUACGAUAGUGAUGUUACCGACCUAACCAGCUGGCUCUCACAUAUGGAGAACAAAAUUGCCAGUAGUCUGAACUUGACCACUCCAGAGGAGAGCGAUGUUGACAGCAAGAAAGAGUCCGACAAGUUUGACAAGGUCGAGGAAAGGAAACCUGUUGUUGAGAUGCCCAAGAAGGCAAAGGAGGAAAAAGUGGGGGAGAAGGAGAAGCCAAAGAAGAAGCGGAAAGAGGAAGCAGUUGCGGAAAGAAUGGAAGAGGAAGCAGGGUUUAAGCAAAGUCUGGCUUUGAUUUUGGAGGACAGGAAUCAGCAGGUCUCCUCCCCCAUCUUGCUAUCUUCACCCGAUCUCGAGGCAACCAAUGAGAAGAUCAAGCAGCUGGCCUUCAACCUGAAUGAUCAGUUGCACAGCCUGAGAGACAAGGUGUUCCUUGUGGAUCAUGAGCUGAAGAGGAUGAGCAAGGGCGUGGAGUUUGCCCUAAUGAGGACAAAGGUUGUAGGCGGUCAUGACAUGGACAGUGAGGCCCUGUCUCGUGCCCAGCAGGCUAUACUACAGCUGCAGGCCGAGGUAGAGAAGCUGCACCGCACCACCGGGGACAUCAUUGAUGAGAACAAGCAGCGCACCAGGCAACUAGAGGACCUGCUGAAGUACUGUGACAAGCUGCAGGAGAUCAAGGCUGACAAGGACUACGUGCAGAUGGAGGUGGAUGUGAAAGCUGACAAAAAGCUACUGGAUGCAAAGGUGAACACGAAGCUGUUUGACAAGACUACUGAAGAAAUCAAUAACAUGAUCAAGGAGAUACUAGACAAGCUGGCAGGCCAUGACGAAUCCUGGAAGAAGUCAUAUGCCAAGCUUGCGGAGGACAUUGAUGGCAAGCUGGAUCGUUUGGAGCUUGAUCCUCUCAAGGAAUGGAUGGAGGCGAGGUUGAAGGCUCUCAACGAGAAGCUCAAGAAGUACCAGGUGAACAUGGACGUUGGUGCUGAGGAUGACGCUGCAGGCAUUAGACGUCAACUGAUCCAGAAGUUCCACUGCAUUUCCUGUGAUCGACCAGUCGAUAUGAUGCCUACAGGCCCGAUUCCUUCCCUUCCUGCACAGCAAGGGUUAAACCCAACUAAGUCUCCUAGGCCGUACACCACCUUUGACUUGGAUAGGAUCAGACAGCAUAUGAAGAGUCUUAACACAGGCCGCAAUACACUCAACUAUGAGCGAGCCAUAGCGGAGCGCCAUCUAGCUAUGCUGAAAAAGACAGACCUCAGAGCUUUCUUUGUGCACUUUAAAAACGACUUUGAAACCAUUUCUCAACUGGCUCAAAAUUUCGCUAAUCAGGAGGUGACAGACUACUAUGCGACGCCGAGGCCUUGCGGUGGCAGUCACACCCUGACCUUCCCCCACAAACGCACCACCAAGCUGACCCACCUCAGUCACUUGUUUCGCGAGGAGGAGACGAUCACAAUACCAGUUACAAGAGAGGAGAUGGACAUACAAGGUGCUGAUGGCCACAUCUACAGGGGUCGCACAGAGGCGAGAGGCUCCCAGAAACUGGAGGCGCGCUUCCCACCCACAAUUGGAACCAACAACAACAACAGCAUUGGUAUCAAUGCAAGGUCGAGCAGUCCUCACCAGUUCCAGCCGAAGCCCCCUACCAUGGCGCCCCAUGCCCAGGUGGUGAGCCAGAGUAGAGCACGCCCUGUGUCUGCACGCACUCCGCCCUCACCCAGACCAUCAUCUGCAGGUCAAGCACUACAACAGGGGUCAAGGCCACAGAGUGCAAAGGUCACAAUCCGCACUGACCAGCCAGGUGCCCAGGAGCAGACAGAUGCACAGAUCUUGAUGCCGUCUGCUGACACGGUCGUUCAUUAGGGCAGCUUCAAGCUUCAGUUACAUUCUUUAAGUGAUGGAAUCUUCUCCAGCAAUAUUUUGAUCUAUACAUAUAAUAUAUUAACUGUUAAAGUCUAUUUUCUUAGUAUUUUUUAAUAUUUAUUGGCUCAUUUGCACAGCUAUGUUAUUGAACAAUUUUGAAAAUAUCAUAUUUUUAUGUUUAUGUUAUUUUCACACUUUAUUUUUAUUAUUUUAUUUUUGCUUUAUGCUUACCCUAGAAAUAAACAAUAGAAUAAAAACAAAAUCUAAAUAAUUUGUUUUGUUUUGGGGAGUUUUCCAACAAGAUUUUGUCAGAAAAAAAUUAGACAACGAUGAUCCAUGAAUAAUUACCUCAAAUUGUUUUAUUCCAUUAUUUUUAAGUUUAAACAUUUUGUGCAAAAAAUAAUGUCUCAAAUUUACUGUCAUUAUGUUAAAUGUUUUAAAUGUAUGGACCCACAGUAUUAUGCCUGUGCCUGUGAUAUGUUCUCUAUACUUUUGUUUUUCUUGUUAAAUAUAUUGUUAAUCAAACUUUUGUUAGUUUAGUAAAAUAUUCACCUAUCUUUGUAGAUUAUAGGAACAACGCAUU